UGUCGUCUAGCUAGAGAGGUCUACAAGUUGGCAUUUUCGUAUUUCGUUCCUCUCGUCGUCUUUUCGUUCGUCUUGUUCGCCACUGUAAAGUAAAAACGAUCGCUCACUCGAGCGUAGAUAACUUGAUUCUUGAUUAAAAUUCUGUUUUAGUUUUAUUUUUAUUACAAAACACAAAAUUAAAAUUAAAACUUAUACUUGUAAUUGAGUGUCUCUAAGUUAGAGUGCGUGUGCGUGUUCCUUGAAGAAAAGUCCAAACUUUACAAAUUACAAUAAAAAAAAACUACCAGCUAAAUCAUGAACAUCCCAAAUGAAUAUAUUUCCAAAACGGAGGACGUCGCCGACCAGGUUAUACGUAAAGGAAAGAACAUCCUGCCAACAGUAGCCAGACUUUGCCUUAUAGCAACAUUCUUUGAAGAUGGUCUUCGAAUGUGGUUCCAAUGGAACGAACAACGCGAAUACAUGAACAUGAGCUGGGGUUGCGGUAAUUUCCUUGCAACAGUUUUUGUCUUAGUUAAUUUAAUUGGACAACUUGGAGGCUGUGGAAUGGUUCUCGCUAGAUUUAAAGUUGAAAUUGCUACUGGAGUACUUUUCUCAAUUGUUGUUCUGCAGACAAUCGCUUAUUCGAUCUUAUGGGAUCCUCAAUUCUUGUUACGUAAUUUGGCUUUGAUUGGAGCUUUGUUACUUGUUUUGGCCGAAUCAAGAGUAGAAGGACGUAGUUUAUUUGCUGGUGUACCAUCUUUGGGUGAAAAUAAACCAAAGAAUGUUAUGCAACUUGCUGGACGUAUUCUCCUUGCUUUCAUGUUCAUUACACUUAUUCGUUUUGAGUUUAGUUUCUUACAGAUCGUCCAAGAUAUUAUUGGCUCAAUUCUGAUGGUUUUAGUCACCAUUGGAUACAAAACAAAAUUGUCUGCACUUAUUCUUGUAGCACUUCUCACUAUUUUGAAUUUGUAUCACAACGCGUGGUGGAGCAUUCCCGCGUAUAAGCCUUUGAGAGAUUUUCUUAAAUACGACUUCUUCCAGACACUCUCAGUCAUCGGUGGACUAUUAAUGAUCGUGUCACUAGGACCCGGUGGUGUUUCAAUGGAUGAACACAAAAAGAAGUGGUAGACUAAAACAAAUAUUUUUUACGUAAAAUGUAGAUUUUUUUUAUAUAAAAAACAAAAAAGGGACAAAUUAAAUUUUUAAAGCAAAAUAUCCUUAAUUCCUAAACAAAGACCGCAUUUAAACAAUAAAUUAGAAAAUUAACUAAUUCGAAAUAGUGACAAUUUCCAAUUUAAAUAAAAAAAUAAAAAAAAAGAACAAGAUUUCCAAGUUAAAUUAAUUUCGCUUAUUAUUUCCAUGGUUAGUAAUUAAGUAAGAAAUAAUUAAGUUUGGUUUUGUUAAUGUUCAACAUUUACCAAAAGAAGGGGAAACAUUUUGUUGUUUAUGAGAUUAAAAAUAUUAAUGUGAGCCUUUUCAUCAGUAAAUGUACAACAAACGCGAAAUACCCAAACUGGAAAUUUGUUAUUAUUUUGUAAAAAUGUCUUCAACUGCAACUAAACAUACCUAUAACUUAAAAGAGUAAUUAUUUGACAAUCUAUUUCGAUCUUAAAAGUGCAUUCAGCUCAGCGACAAAACAUAAUUUUUUAUUGUGAUUCCCAACAAAAAAAAAGAAGAAAAAACAAAACAAGAAACAAUUUUAAAUCCAAAAACAUUUGUAAAAUGUAAAACAUGUAAAAAAAAGAAAACAAAACGAAAAUUAUUUUUAUUUUUUGAUUAAUGUAUAAGUUUGUGAAAUGAUGACAAAAAGUAAAACGAAAAAGGAUUAUUGUGAACUUUUUUUAAAACAAGGUGAUAAAAAUGCUUUUUCUUUA